CGUAACUAACACUGUAGCUACGUCCUCGCCGGGUUCCGACGCACGGUUGCGCUCUCGGAGUUCGACCUAGAGAGAGAGAGAGAGAGAGAGAGAGAGAGAGAGAGAGAGAGGAAGGGGGAUGUCUUCUUCAACGGGGUUGCACUCCUACGGCGAGCCUGCUUAUUGGGAUCAGCGUUACCGGGAAGACCCAAGUCCGUUCGACUGGUACCAGAAGUACAAAGCCCUAGCUCCUCUCUUCCACCUCUACAUCCGUCCUUCUCACCACAUCCUCCUCGUCGGCUGCGGCAACUCUAGAAACCAAGAUGCUGAUGGAAUUCUAGCUACUAUUGCUAUUAAUGGAUGCAUAGAAUUGACACAUUUACUUUCAUUAUCAUCACUAGGAGAAGAUUUGGUCUCUGACGGCUACUUGGAUGUUGUAAACAUUGAUAUAUCAUCUGUGGUGGUUGAGGCUAUGCAAAAGAAAUUUGAGGGGAAAGCAGAGCUGAAGUAUAUUAAAAUGGAUGUGCGGGAUAUGAGUGUGUUUGAAUCUGGUUCUUUCGAUGCUGUUAUUGAUAAAGGAACACUGGACUCUCUCAUGUGUGGCCAGAAUGCACAUCUUAAUGCAAUUAAGAUGUUGGAGGAGGUUGGCAGGAUCCUAAAAAACAAUGGUGUCUAUAUCCUGAUUACUUAUGGAGAGCCAAGUUAUCGGUUGCAUUUGUUGAAGGAGCUACAAUUUUGGACCAUAAACUUGCAUAUAAUAGAUAGGGUGGAGAAGAAUCCAGAGCAGAGGACCUGGGAGCUAACUAAACCUCUGCCAUUAAUCAAAGAUGGCACUUCGAUCACCGCACUUAUCGGCUCAAACGUCGAAGUUCACUACAUCUAUGUAUGUAUCAAGGAUGAAACUUUGAGACGACAGGCAGAUUCAAAUGCCAGGACUGAAGAGAUUUCAUUAUAAAUGCCGGAAUUUUAUUCAUAUUUUUGGUUAUGACUCAACAUUAAGAUGACAGCUCCCAAUAAAAUCUGAAAUUUUUGAGGUUUGUUAUGCUCUAUUAAUUUCUGUUGAUUUAGGUUUAUUGUUCUUCACAUUUGCUGCAUUGUUGGCAACCUGUCUACAUACCUUUGAGCUAUUGAUUGUUUAGUUUUUUUUUUUUUAACUCAGCUCUUUAAUUUAAUAAAUUUAGCCUAUUGUGAUCCAAAUUCAUAA